CAAAAAUAAAAUUUUAGUUCCAAAAAUAAAUGUGGGAGCCUAGACAUACCUUCCAGUCUAUCUCAAAUGAGACGAUGGCAAAGAAAUUUAGCACUCUUGGGAAAGCAAAGUUUUACCAACCAACUGGGAUGGGGAGAGACGACUACAUUUUCAGAAGCAAUGGUGGGUUCUGCCCUCAAGCUGGCUCAUGAAAAAUUUACGAAAAAGGAGAGUUUCUGUUCCAAAAACAAAGACACGUGGACUCUAUUCCGAAUAUUCAUUCGAAAUCUGUGAUCUAUCAUGCAAAUGGAGGAGGAAGAGAUACUUAUAUCUCCUGCUCUGCUGGAGGGCUUACCAAACAGAAUGCAGCAGGGGAGAUGAGGAACACCUUCUACAAUGGAUUAAGGGCUUCAGGCUUUGCUCAUACUCCUAAGAGAUGUCAAAGUGGGAUAGCAACAAGAAGGCAGAGGCAAGAUUUUUACACUAAGACACAAUCUUUCAAGUCUCGUCGGAGCUCAGCAAUACAAAAUAGUUAUAGAAAAUAUCAAAGAUACCAAGAUAGCCGCUUAUCUUGCCCUAGACCAGCCGACUCUCACCAAAAGAAGUACAAGCCUGAUACCCUUAAAGUCUUGAAAGCCUGUCAAGCAUUUGGUAAAAGACCUAAAAAGGGCAAAAGGUAUUAAAUUUCACCUGCCUAAUUCAAAA